AUGCUACGCCGCAUACCGACGACUAGCGACGGCAAGGCAGUUGACCGCCUCCAAGAAAGCGGGCGCGUCAACAAGCCCUUCAAGCCCCCGACCCUAGCAAAGGCAGACACUCGUGCCCAGCCCGCGCGCAAGCGCAAACGCGUGUCGUAUAAAGGUCAAGACGGGGCUGCAGCAGAUGACUCGGACGACGAGGGCAACCGCAAGAAACGACAGAAGAAGGACGGGGAGAAGGCGUAUCCCACUGAGGAGGAGCUGCUGGCCGCCGUGAAGGUAUACCCCGUGUACAAGCCGAAACCGUUCGGCGAGGUGUUUGGGGGCAAGAGAAGCUUCUCGCUUCCGACGAUGAAGGGGAAGGACGGGGCCAACGUCGAGCUUGUGUUCAGCGGCGCAUCUCUGGGGAUUCGCCCAAGGGCGAAGAUUGCGCCCCGGCCCUUGCAUGACCCGAUGGAGGACCAUGCGAUUGUGUUGUACGACCCGACGAUUGAUGACCGCGAGACGGAUGAGGAGCGGAAGGAGCGGCUGAAGCUGGAAGAGAGGGAAAGGUUGGAGAAGGAAGCGAGGGAGAAGACAGCUGGGAUGUUUAAUCCGCAUAAGAGUCUGAAGGCCCUUUUAGGAGAGGACAAAGCAACGAAGGACAAGGUACCGAAAGUACCAGUUGUUAUUGAUCCCCGUCUUAGCAAGGUCCUCCGACCACAUCAAGUCGAGGGUGUCAAGUUCCUGUAUAAAUGCGCGACGGGGAUGGUCGUCGAGAACCAAUAUGGGUGCAUCAUGGCAGACGAAAUGGGUCUUGGUAAGACCCUACAAUGCAUAGCGUUGCUAUGGACAUUGCUCAAGCAGUCCCCGCAUCCGGGGAAGACGACGAUCGAGAAAGGUAUCAUAGCGUGUCCCUCGAGUUUGGUCAAGAAUUGGGCGAACGAGUUCGAUAAAUGGUUAGGGAAAGGCGCGAUAAAUGCACUUGCGGUAGAUGGCAAAGGUGGAAAGGCCGAGUUGAUUGAGAAAGUUAAUCGGUGGGUGUCUGCCCACGGGAGAAAUGUGACGCAGCCAGUGAUGAUUGUUUCGUAUGAAACCCUUCGAACGCUCUCAGUCCAUCUGGCGAGCUGUAGCAUAGGUUUGCUACUCUGCGACGAAGGACAUCGACUCAAAAACUCCGAUUCGCUAACAUUCCAAGCGCUCAACGCACUAGACGUCAAGCGUCGCGUCAUUCUCACUGGUACACCCAUCCAGAACGAUCUCUCCGAAUACUUCUCCCUGCUCAACUUCGCCAACCCCAAUUUCCUCGGCUCCAAGAAUGAUUUCCGCAAGAACUUCGAGAAUGCCAUUAUUCGCGGACGCGACUCAAUGGCCAGCGACGAGUUCAAGGCGGCGAGUGAGCAGAAGCUGAAGGAACUAGGAGGCCUGGUCACGAAAUUUAUCAUACGGCGCACGAACGACCUGCUUUCGAAAUACCUUCCCGUAAAAUACGAACACGUCGUAUUCUGCGGUCUCUCCGACUUCCAACUCUCCCUCUAUCGUCUAUUCAUCUCGUCUCCUGAGAUCAAGGCACUCCUCCGUGGAACCGACUCCCAGCCACUAAAGGCGAUCAACAUUCUGAAAAAGCUGUGUAAUCACCCGGAAUUGCUGAACCUGCCCAACGACCUUCAUGGGUCGGAGUCGCUGAUACCAGAAGGGUUCGGCGGUGCUGGAGCGAGCAGCAGAGACAAAGGCCGCAACCAGACGGUCCGUUGUGACUGGGGUGGCAAGUUCCUCGUAUUGGAGAGGUUCUUGCAUCAACUCAAGACGGAGACUACUGACAAGAUCGUCCUGAUUAGCAAUUAUACGCAAACGCUCGAUCUCUUCGAAAAGCUUUGCCGGAGUAAAAAGUAUGGGUUCUUCAGACUUGACGGGACCAUGACCAUCACGAAGCGGCAGAAGCUCGUUGACCAGUUCAAUAAUCCAGAAGGGAAAGAAUUCAUUUUCCUUCUGAGUAGUAAGGCUGGUGGAUGUGGUAUCAACCUAAUUGGCGCGAAUCGCUUGAUUCUAUUUGAUCCCGAUUGGAAUCCUGCGGCUGACCAACAGGCCCUUGCCCGUGUCUGGCGUGACGGCCAAAAGAAAGAAUGUUUCGUCUACCGGUUCAUCUCCACCGGGACUAUCGAGGAGAAGAUCUUCCAACGACAGGCUAACAAACAAGCGCUGUCUUCUGCGGUUGUGGACGAGAAGGAAGAUACGGAGCGCCACUUCUCUGUCGAUGCGCUGCGCCAGUUGUUCAAGUUCAACGAGGAGACUCUGUGUGAGACGCACGAGACGUUUAAAUGCAAGAGGUGUAAGAAUGGGAGGCAGACUAUCAAGUCUCAGGCGUUGUUAUAUGGUGAUGCCAGCACAUGGAAUCACUUUACGAAUGGGGAGCUGAAGAACAUUCAUGACGAUUUGCUACGCGCGGAAGCAGGACUAGAUCAAGUUUCGUUCGUUUUCCAGUAUAUCAGCCAUUAG